UAGCCUGGUUUUUAAUUAAUGAUUUUGUCACUGUUUGGUCUGACGCGUGAUGCAGGUCCUUGAUGCAGGUUCAAUUUGAUCUGGCAUACUGGGUGGGGCUAAACCGCGGGCUUUAAAAACCGUUCAACCAAGGGAAGAAAUCCAGUGCAGAGAAUGACACUUGGAAGUGUUUUGAGAUUGGUGCUAUUGACCUUAGUUGUAGGUCACGUGAUAAGUAGUAGAAACAGAUUACAAAAGGUACAAACUGUAGUGAAGAGUCUGGCUAGACAGAUUAUGUUGCAACAGAUGGGAGUGGAGGAAAAACUCAGGCAAGAUGGCGGGUCCGGUCUGAAACAAAUCCGGCUGGACCUGGACGGGCCCAAACUCUACUACGUCACCAGCCACAGUGGUCUCACUAUGAACCACAUCCACGACCACAGCAGCACAAUUCGGACGUUGGGCGUAGGGGCAGGACAGUACGUUCUAAACGGUGUUGAGUUUCGGACCCGCCAUGAAAAUUUCAAGCUGCAGAUGCCCGGUAAAACAAAACUGAACGGGGAAGUUGAAGACAUACCUUUCCCUCCAGUACCCCAAAAUAUACUAGCGAUGCCGACCGUUGAACAACAGAUCAAUGAACUACGUCAAUAUUUCCUAGCCUUCUCCAAAAGCGACACAAGGAUACGGAACUACACCCCGUACUUCAGGCCUGUCCUAUGUUACCUAGAAGGUGCAUGGGUCAACAAGACGGAGAACUUAAAACCUCAUCUAAUGGAAGGUGACCACGGUGUUGAUAUCGAGACGUAUUUUGACCUACAGGAGAGGAAUCGGUUUAACGGCCACACCGGCAAGGUCAGUCUCAGGGAGAAUCACCCGCUGUUGCCGACGAUCAUUUCCAAGAUCUCGGACUUUGGUUCCCCGACAUACGGCCAGUGGGACUACAGGAUACUCUGUUAUCCCAUCGAUGACAGCCCACAUUACGAGGGGUACCUCAAACUGUCGAUUCUACAGCCUCUGGACGAUCUGAGUGUCCGACUUUCAAGAAAUCUGCCGUGGUACCUGUACCAGAUGUCGCCGGCUGCGAGGUUUUCCAUUCAACACCGUUGGGACAAUAAAAUGAAGUAUUUUUACUAUCGGGAUUAUAUCAUGCAGGAAAUACCAGGACGGGACAACCAAAUGGUCGACAUUAACGAAACAUCUUUCGGCGGUGUGUGGUUCAAUGGCGGAUAUAAAACAGCAAAGGUCCUCAAUGUGGGGAAAUACCACCACAGAUACAAGGGGUUUAGAAGUUACCGUUCUGAUAUGCUGGGCUUCAGUGACCCCAAUGCUUACUUUGCGGAAACUACACAAGAAGAUGUCGUACCAGUGUCUUUAAAAAACAAAGGUAAACUAAACGUGAAACGGAAUACUUGGGCCAUACCUCUGGAGAUUGUUUACCUGACCCCGCUGCUGUCGUGGAACCCUUACAACAUCACCCACAUUCCAGACAAGGAUUACGUCACCAGGGACGGCAGGCACGGCGGUAACACACCCACAACGGCGUACGACGGGUAUCAUAAUGAGUUAUUUCACAUCACGCCCUUUGAAUUCUUUGCAAGGGACGAUCCCAAUUACGCGUUUGCUAAAAGAGUGGGCGUUCUAGACUCGCGGGGAAUGUUAAGGAAUUUGACCGCGUCCGGCACCAGAGUCUUCUUGCCCAACAUCCCGGAUGUUGGCGUUAUACGUACACGGUUCCCUAUCGUGCCAGUCCACGGGGAGUUCAGCCCGCCAUGGAAAGAGAUCAACGCUCUGAAAAAGAUCGUGAAGGAGAUGCACAAACACGGUGACCUCCUGUACAAAAAACUGAUCAAGCCUUAACUACCUACGCUCUGAAGAGGUUUUAUUUAACCAAUAUGUAUCACAUGUUUGUGAAUAUGACUUGUAUUCGCUGUUUUAUUUCAAACACCUUGGCGUCAUUAUGUGUAAAUAAAAGUAGUUUUGUCUCUUAUAUCUGAAGUCCAAAUAUUUGCCACUAUUCCAUUGAAAUCAUCAUCGGGUUCUUACCUAUUCCAUGUAUAUUUUUGGUUAGUUUCCGUAUUUAACUUAAGUUAACAUUUUGGUGAAAUAAAAUACCUGUAAAAUGUGUAAAGCAGAC